AUGAGCCAGUCUAGUGGUAAUCCUGUUUUGAAAGCUUCAGAUAUUUCUGAUGAUAUGAAGGAAGAUGUGUUUGCCAUCAGCUUAGACGCCAUUGAGAAAUGCCAAUUGGAGCGUGAUAUUGCAGCUUCAAUCAAGAAACAUUUGGAUGUAAAAUAUGGCAAAACAUGGCACGUAAUAGUUGGCAAGAACUUUGGCAGUUACGUUACGCAUGAGAAGGGCCACUUUAUGUACUUUUACGUUGGUCCUUUAGCGUUUUUGGUGUUCAAGACUGCUUGA